AUGUCAGAAACUGAGCUGGAAAAGAUAAAAGUAAGAGCAGCUGAGCAUUUUGAAAAUGAUAAAAAUAAUAUUUCUUGGUUGAAGGAAGGAUUAUCGACUACUAGUAUAUUCCCUCUGGGAAAGCCGGAUAUGCAACUCACAAAUGAAAAACAUGCAGAAGAGAAACCCAUUAAUGCUAUCGUUAUAAAUUCAGUAUCCGAGUUCAACAUCACAGAUGGACCAGCCAAGGAAACUUCCACCGAGAAAAAGCUGUCAGAAUCCACCACAUCACUGUCCUCCCUUGAAGAAUGUCAAACGAGAUUUUCUUACCUCCAAACCGAUACGUCAGUUCAUCAGAGAGACACUGAUGAGGAGUGUGCCUCCCUCAUCCUCACCUGCCUCUUUUGCCAGUUUUGGGAUUGUCUCCUGAUGCUCCCGGACACGUGUGAGACGGUGUGCACCAACACGUGCUGCCCCUCCUACCGGUACCACCACGCCGCGGAGGAAGGCCACUCGCGGAAUGACUGCAGCUGCAGCUGUGACAUGGACUGCAGCCUGUUUGAAUCUUGUCACGAGACCGGCGAGUGUCUGGAGCUGGCCAUGGAGAUCUCAGAGAUCUGUUACCGCUAG